AUGGGAAUCGUAUGCCUCGGUGCUUCCUCCACGCUGCUCUGCGAGGAGGACAGGAGCAACGCACUCGGCCUCGUCGGCUGCUGCGACGAGCUGGUGGAGGUGGGGAGCGGCCUUGAUGGCUUGGACUCCGCCGCCGGCGCCGUAUUCCCCGUGGACACCGUCACCGAUGAGGCUGUGUCGGCGUUGGUGGCGAAGGAGGUCCUGGCCGCCGCGCCGUCGCCGUCGUGCAAGCUCCAAAGCAGCGGCCUGCCAUGGCGAUCACUCCAGCGACCAUGCUCCUCCUCCACCUGCUGCUGCUGCUGUCCUUCUCAUCUGUGCCCAUUUCCCCUGGCGCUCGCGCCAGCGGGAGCCGAGAGUGAGGACACCGCGGCUCUGCUCGCCUUCAAGGCCGCGGCCGUAGGCAGCAGCAGCAGCAGCACUAGUGGCGACCGCGGCGCUAUGCUCGCGUCGUGGAACGGCAGCGUCGCCGCCAGUCCGUGCACCUGGGACGGCGUCACUUGCGGCCGCCGCGGACGUGUGGUGGCGCUGAGGCUGCCCUCCCUCGGGCUCGCCGGGACGCUCUCGCCGGCCGUCGGCAACCUGUCGUCGCUGCGGGCGCUGAACCUGAGCUCCAACUGGCUGCGCGGCGAGAUCCCCGCGAGCCUGGGCCGCCUGCGCCGCCUCCGGACGCUCGACCUCAGCGUGAACACCUUGUCCGGCGCGGUCCCGGGCAACCUCACCGCCUGCACCAGCCUGACAGUCCUGCGCCUCGCCAGCAACAAGCUCACCGGCCACGUCCCGGCCGAGCUCGGCGGCGCGCUGGCGCGGCUCGAGGUGCUGGCGCUAACCAACAACACCCUCACGGGCCGCCUCCCGGCGUCGCUGGCCAACCUGACGUCGCUGCGUCAGCUCGGCCUCGGGAUCAACGGCUUCGAGGGCCCGAUACCUCCCGAGCUCGGCCGCAGCUGUUAG